CGCAGCCGAAUCCAUAGAACUCGCUGAUGAAUUGAAACAGAAUCGGAAUGUUUAUUUGUACUGCAGGAGGAAUCCGAUGAGCUUUAAAGCUCUUUUUUCACAGAUACCCAGUAAGGGCACGGGAGAGGAGAGAGUGAGUGGUGGAGUGGGGACUAGGACACAAAGUUGGGCAGUGGUGUCCUCUGGUGAUGAGUGACGGGUGACUGAACGAGAGGGCUUUGCAAGUCUCCGGGGCAUGGCUUCAUCAAAGAAGGUGGAAUGCUUGGUUUGCAGAAUGCAGGAUAAGCAGACAGGAGUUCCGCUGCUCACUCGUCAUUUUAUCACCUUUGCUAUCCCCAACGCAAUCAUCGGCUAUAACAUUGCUGACUGGAUGUUAAGGGACAUGAAAAUCACACAGGAAGAAACAUCUAACCUUUGUAACCUGCUGGUGAAGUAUGGAUACUUGUACCCCGUUCGUCCAGCCGCACGCCUCGGCUUUCACCCAAGCAAGCUGUACCACUUCCAGACUCCUUACUUCUGGCCAGACAGACACCGAGAGGCCAGCGACGUGGAGUACGCUGUGCAUCUUGUCAAGAAAAAUGUUCUAAGUAAUGGACAACUGGCAGAGUAUGAGAAGGUGCAGUAUCACCAACUCUACAGGAGUGAACACCACAAGUGGGACUUUGUGAUCAUUCAGGCUCAAGAGCAAAUUCGGACUCUGCAGGAACGAAGAAAAGGAGAUCGGGCUGUGUUGGUCAGCCAGGAGCAGGCCUACUGGAGGGUGGCACGGCCACCGCCUGGACUUGACAACGAUGCAUUGAAUGGACCUGUAAAGCACACGAUGGCUUUGCAUCGCGAGCAGGUUGCGGAACUUUACAAAAACCAGAUUGUGUAUGGUCGCAGAGCUCUAGGCAGAGCGAGAUUGAAGCCAUCCGUCUCACUUGAGGGGCUCCUCAAAUACAGCGAGCAGUUCAUUCCACUGGACCCCGUGCUGAGCGGUUGUUUGCCCAAUAACCCCUGGAUGAGCGAUGACACGACAUACUGGGUUCUCAACGAUACAAUGGUGGAGGUGCCAUUGAGACUGCGAGUGGAGCGCUGGUCCUUCAGCUUCCAAGAGCUGAUUCAGGACUUGCGCGGUCGCAAGGAAUUCAAGGAAUUCUUGUGCAUGGAGUUCAGCGGUGAAAAUCUCAGUUUCUGGGAAGCCUGCGAAGACCUUUUAUAUGGAGACUGCACCAGGGUGCAUGCAAAAGUUGAACAAAUUUACACAGACUUCUUAGCUCCCUGGGCUAAACGCUGCAUCAACAUUGACGCGAAGACGAUGGCGGUGACGUUGGAAGGGCUCAAAUCUCCACAUCGUUACGUUCUCGAAGCAGCCCAAACACACAUUUACAUGCUAAUGAAGAAGGACUCGUAUCCACGCUACCUCAAGUCUGACUUAUACAAGUCGAUGCUGGCUGGAGCUAUAGUUCUAUCUGCAGGAAACGCACACUCCCACUGAGAAGUUCCAAGAGUGGCUAGCCACCCUUAGACUGCUGGACUCCCACAUUGCAUGAUAGUGCUGGCUGCAUCCACCAGUGUUGACAACUGGAAAUUAUGAAGGGGUACUGUCUAAUUAGAUUUAAUUCCAUUAACAUUUUUAACCCCUAUAAGACCCAAAUUAUGUAUGUUUAACUUCUUUCGCGCCAUACGCAGCCAACCGUGCUAAUAGGUGUGGGAAAUUAUCAAGUAACAUUGCUGGGUUAUUUUUUUUCAACUUUCGGAGGCAUCAGUUAUUGGUCACCAUGGUUGUAUAGUUUUGUUCAGGUAUAGUCGUGUAUGAUAUAAAUGGAGCACAUUCCUACGAAUAAGCAGAUGUAAAAUCUGGAAAUUUGAUCAACUACAAAAUCCAAGGGAGGAAACCGAGUUCAAAGUGACGGAAACACAUUUCCACAUUGUUCACAUUCGUAAAUGUCGAUGUGUUAAGUACUUGCCGGAUUAUCAGGUGACUAAUGCGGUUAUUAUCACCAUUUUUCAUAUCACGUGAGUCGGAUGGAAAUCGUAUUGAUAUCAGCUGUGAUCGAUGCGACUGACAGUGACUGAAGCAUGCUGACAUGCACAUUUGUUUAUGAUCUUUAAUUAGUUUUGUUCGUGUGUUUAUUAAGUGAUGGCAGUUAUUUUAAUGAUUGCUUAAGGGUUUUUGAUAACUUGCAAGACAAUAAUUAAUCCUAUUAUGUACUCUAUAGUCCAUGUUUAGAGUGUUUCAUUAGGAAUGCAUACUUAAGUAACUAAAUGUAUAGAGGUAUUGCAUAAAUAGAAGUUUCAUGAUAUUCCAAGUCUUGAUAUUAGUAAUACUGCAAUGUGUGUCAAUUCAAAACAGUACCGUCUAGCAUUGUAAUUUUAAAUUUCAAAUAAAGUGGAGACUUCACAACAUGAAACGUUUUUUAAUGUAUGUUGAACUUCUUUCACACCAUACGUAGCCAACAAUCGAUAGUUGAUUCGGGAUUUGCAUCUCUCGUUUGUUC